AUGCAUGCCAACUUUCUCUUUUGGACUCUGCCUUUGGGCGCAGUAGCAUUCCCUGCAGUCACUCCCCAGAGAAACAACGGGGUCUCUGCGAACAUUGUGCAGCGAGCUAAUUCUGCUUGGCUUGAAGUCCACACUGGGGUCUCGGUCGGUCUCGGAGGGCCAACCGUGGGCGUCCUGCCAGGACCCGUGAACAAGGCGACUUGUAAUCUUCUUAUCACAAACUCCGAUCACUCCCGAUACAACCCGGAUGUGACGUUGUCUCGCAAAGACUCGGCGCCGUGCUCCGUUGGCCAAGAACUUUCUGGUCACGAUGGCCAGCUGGGUGAUUUCAAAGUCAAGUGGACCAACUACUUAUGUGGUACAUUUGGAAGUGUCUGCAACCCGCAGUUCACUGUUCAGGGACAGACGAUCAACGCAUGGGAAGCUGGCAAUUGCAAGCACGGCACCAGCAAAGAAGGCCUGAAUGCCCACGAAUACUGGAUGUACGUAAUGAAAAUGACGUGA